GGCAUGUAAAAUGGCGCAGUCAAGGUAGCAGCAUAGAGAAAGAAAAAAAGUUUCUUUCUCUAUGGUAGCAGCGCGGAGCCUGCGUCAGCACGGAAAACCUCACGGACAGCAGGAGUUUGAGGAAGUAACAACGUUCCCGAUCGUCCGGCCAUGUUCAGCCGGCUGUACAACGCUGUGCGGCAGCACAAGAAGAAGAUAUUCUUCAGCGUCGGCCUAGUCGGAGGCGCCUACCUUUUGAACCGGUAUCUACAUGGAAAACUCCGUGACUGGGAAACAAAACAGACUCAGAGCUACAUCGAUCAAAUCAAACACCAGCACCACUUCGAAAAUAUUCUUCAAACGUCUGACAACACGAUCCUGACUCUCCUGGAAAAGGUCAGAGAGCCGCUACUCGCCAUACUCGAGACUGACAGCCUGCUCGAGAAGCUCAAGACGCGACCUGCCAACAGGGUCGAACUUUGGGAGGAACUCAAGGUGCGCAUUCUCACUUUCGCGGUGGCAAGCGUGUACGCGGAAAGUCUGCUCGCCUCGCUGGUUCGCGUGCAGCUCGGCGUUGUCGGUGGAUACGUCUUCGUGAACUCGCAGCGCGCGCAGCAAAACUCUGGAGGCGUCUUGCCGGCACUCACCAACCAAGACAUCCAUCAGCGCUACCUGUCACAGGUCCAGCACUUCUUCGAGAACGGCCUGCACGAGCUCGUGCGUGUUGUCAGGGACGCGGUCGUGGCCGCCUUCGGUCACAUCAGCCUGAAGGAGCGCGUCGGCCCCGCAGACUUCGCUGUGGGUUUCGAUUUCGUCAAGAAGCACAUCUCGCGGGACUCCAAGAAGCCACUUCCAGGCUUUCUUCGCUUGCUCCUGCCACCUCUCGAGGUCGAAGGCGAUACGGACGACGUCAGGGUGCUCAACGUGAUGAUCCUCGAGACAAGGGACAUCCUCGAGACCGACGACUUCGCCAAGGUUCUGGGAAUGUGCAUCGACCUGGGGAUCAAUAGCCUCACGAACGAUGUCGAGGUGUGCUUAAAAAAUAUGCGAGCCGCAGCACAAGAAAAUGCCAGUGGUGACCGAGCUGAAUGUUCUGCCGCCUCGUCGUCGGCGGUGUCAACGGGCUUUCCUAUGGCAAAACUUUUGCCCGUGCUUAGGAACAGCCUCGUAGCCGGCAGGCAGGAAGGCUUCCUCAAAAUCGUGCUUCAGGCAGAGCUACUUCGUAGUAUGCUCGCCAACGUGUACGAGGCCUUCUGCCAGACAGAGGACGCGGACAGGAUUAACCACAACCUGACACCAUUGUCAUGAUUGUCAGAUGGCGGCAUAAAUUUCAUGCUGGGGAUGAUUGAUAGCAUGAUGACGGACACGUGUAAGCGUUUGUGAGUACUCGGUUCGUAGUUUGUGGUGCAGUCAGUCGGUCCUACAAACAACAUACCAAACAUGUUGCGCACUUGGUGUCCCGCAUCAUGCCAUUCCAAACACGUGUGUGACAUUGUCAUUUCGGUGUGCUUGUCAGUUAUCACAUACUUCCCCUUGUUAAAAAUGUUCAAAGAUACUGAAACUGACUGCCUUUUCAUAACUUCGAGACAUGGACUUUUCAGUGUACGUACUUGUGAAUCUUAGUGGAAUGUCACUUGCCACGAGUGUGAGAAAAUGUGGUGAACUACAGAAAUUACCAUUGUCGAAAGCUCACUAACAUGUUCCAUCUUCGCUGCAUUUUAUCCUUUCAUUUCCCUUGGCACACUCACUGGCUGCAUUUUAUACAGGGUGCUUUUUUCUAGCUGCACCAAAUUUUUAAAAUGAGGAAAGUGUAAAUCACGGCAACAUUAUUUUUACCAUUUGAGUGUCUGGAUUGGCAGCCUCUAUAUAUAAUUUCCGCAAUUACAUGCAUAAUUAGUGAAGUUAUGGUAAUCAGCUUUCUAAUUAUUAAAAAUAGGUGGCUACAGCAAAUGAGUACUUUGGGGCCUGUCCUCGACACUACCUAUCCCAACGAUCUCAAGUUUUGAAUGGUGGAGUUCUUAUGGAAAUUACGCGAACAAUUAGUCCCCCUUGACAGGCUCCUUGAAAUUGAAACUGGCUGGAAAAAGAGCAUCUGUGUCGUCGAUGUUGCCACCCCCCUCCUUUUGUCGAGUCUCCGAGGUCACCGGCGCUCCGUCCCUGUGAGCAGCUUGCAUUGUCUUCUUGCUGUCUGUGGCGUUGGCCUAGCUCUUCAAUGCUGGCGGGCUGCCAAAUUUACUUCGUCAUUCCAUUGGGCGCCACGUGUCCACUUAACCGACAAAAUGACGUUUCAGGCUUUUUGAUGAGAACGUCAUCAAGUCAAAAUUCACUUUCUCUGGGAGAGCUGUCUCAAACAUGCGUGCAAGUUGUGUAAAUAAAAACGUGUAAACUACAGGAACAAAACUCACCGAUUGAAGGGGGAAAAAAAAAAAAGGUAUACCAUAUGAUUGACGCUACAGACUGAUAUUUAACACCCAAAGAGCGAGAUCGGCGCUAUUGUGGCAAUGUGGUACCCAACGGAAUUACGAAGUAAAUUUGGCGACAUUGAUGGCACAGAUGCUGUUUUUCCAGCCAGUUUCAGUUUCAAGGAGCCUUCCAAGGGGAACUAACUGUUUAUUAUCUCCCGCAUGACCUCCUCUAUUCAAAAUUUGAUCAUUGGGACAUGUGUCGAGGACGGCCCCCAAAGUACUCAUUUGCUGUAGCCACCCAUUGUUAAUAAUUAGAAAAUCAAUUGCCAUAAUUUUUCCAAUUACGCAAUUAACUGUGGAAAUUGCUCUGUAUCUAGAGGCUGGCAAUCGGUACACUCAAAUGAUAGACAUAACGAAACCGUGAUUUAUAUUCUUAUUUUAAAAAUUUGGUGCAGCUAAACAAAAGAACACCCUGUAGCUAUUGUUCUCAUUCACCAUUAAAAAAAAAGAUAUUCAGGUCUAUGAUGUCUCUUACAUAAAGUGGUUUUUACAGUGCAUUUGUGCAGCAGCAUGUGUUCUACUGCUUUGUUCAUGUAGUUAAGUAAUGCCAUUGCAGGAACAAGUGAGGAUUACUGAGUUUUGUGGUUAUUUGCAUUGUUCGAAUCAAUGCUUGUGAUAAAAAAUGGAAAUGUCUUUAAGUGUAACCUGUGCUUAUCUGAUGCUUGAUUGACACCAGGCAUGUGUAGCACUCACGUGAACCAGGCAUGACCUAAUAUCCUGGGGCCAUUUGUAUUUUGUUCAGUGUUAGUUCACAAAUGCACUCGUUAUGUUCUUGGUGCAGCUGUGCUUUGUUUCGGUUAACUAAUCAACACUGCAGAAGAACGAAUGGGGCAAACGAGUGCUAUUAGCCAAAGUGCUCACAUGAAAGCAUAGUUAAGCUUGCAUUUACUGGUGGAGGUCUCACAUUUUAUGUAUUCUGAGCAUUGGUAUAGGUCUAAUAACUUAUUAAUGUGGCACUUUGUCUUGUGAAUAGCAAACAUUAAGUGGUGGAAUUGAUAAUUCUAGUUGUGUUUGUGAAAGGAGGUAAAUGUGAAAUGUAACAUUUUUUUUACCCUACGGCAAGCUCUAUAUCAGUUAGUUCACUUCUUUGGUGGACUGUUUUUCUUGCCCUGUACAGAAUAAAAUGUUCAUAAUUCAGAAAAGCAUCACAUGAAUGUCUACCUUGGCAAGUUCAUGAACAUAAAUUCAAAGUUUGUAAAGUCUAGCACUGCAACCAAGGUUGCAUGUGUCUAGAGGGACAGUCACGCUUGCAUGUUUUCGUUCUGCUCAAGCUCGAAGUUUACUUUGCAGGUAUGUUGCAUGCGAGCAUUCCAACACCUCAUUAUUUACCUACAGUAAUGUUUACCAAUUGGCCCAGCAAUAGAAGUGUGCAAUAAAAUGUUUUCCUAUGCCUUGGUUCCCA